CCCCCAUCUCUGUUUACCGGUAUAAGCGAGUUCCUCUGGAGUCUGUCAGGCAUUCAUUCAAACUGAGAAGUUUCUCGAUUCCAUAAGGCGGUUUUUUCUCUCCAUAUCGACUCACUUUGUCGCAAGUAUCAUUUUUCUGUAGUCACGUUAUUUUAUUUUAUUUUUUUUAAAUUAAGGGCAGGUUUUUUGAACGGGUUACAUUUCAUAAUCCGUUUAAGUUUUUCUUUAUCCCGCCCGCGCUGUCUUAACGUCUGUGUGCGCGCGCUAAUUAGCUUAACGGCUAGUGAGCACUACGGGACUGACAACUGCAGCGUGUGGAUGUACCCUUGCUCAUCUGCAGUCACAGUGGCACAAUGGCUGGCUUUUCGUUCUGCUUAAUCUCUCGGCACCCAAAGAACAAUAACAGAUCCAGCAAAAUUUUAGGAUAGCAGUAGUUUUUCACUGUACCUCUAGUUUACUUUAAUUGUUUUCUGGUUAGAUCCAGAUAAACCCAUUACAAGUUUGCACUGCUGAAUCCCACAAAUUCUGUUAAGACAGGUGGGCCUAAAAAUAAAGCUAAUUAUUUAUUUACCUCUAUUUACCUCUUUAUUUUACUAGCUGCUGUUUAGAUUUAUAUAAAAACCUAUUUUGUCAGGCAUUUGUUCCUUUAAGAUUGUGAAUCAGUUCCUUUAAAACUUACAAAAAAUGUUUUCAACAACUGCAACUGCAAUAACGCUGGCGACUACCAUAGUAACCUACACACCUCUGACUGAGUAUGUGUGGUUGCUGGUUGUUGGCUUUAUCAUUGCCUUCAUCUUAGCCUUUUCCGUCGGUGCCAAUGAUGUUGCUAACUCGUUUGGUACAGCCGUGGGCUCUGGAGUGGUCACUUUGCGUCAGGCAUGUAUUCUAGCGACAGUGUUUGAGACCUUGGGGUCUGUGCUUCUUGGGGCCAAAGUGAGUGAAACUAUUCGCACGGGAAUCAUUGAUGUGGGCAUGUACAACGGCUCUGAACAUGUGUUGAUGGCUGGAUCUGUCAGUGCAAUGGUUGGUUCUGCUGUGUGGCAGCUGGCUGCUUCCUUCCUUAAGCUCCCCAUCUCUGGAACACAUUGCAUUGUUGGUGCUACUAUCGGCUACUCGCUGGUUGCCAGAGGCCAGCAGGGCGUCAAGUGGCUUCAACUCCUACGUAUUGUUGCUUCCUGGUUCCUGAGUCCCCUGUUGUCUGGAAUAAUGUCAGCCAUUGUCUUCUAUUUUGUGCGCAGAUUCAUCUUACAGAAAGAAGACCCAGUACCCAAUGGAUUGAAGGCCCUGCCUGUCUUCUAUGCGAUGACAAUGGUGAUCAACUUGUUCUCCAUCAUGUUCACUGGUGCUCCGGUGCUGGGAUUUGGCUUGAUACCUUGGUGGGGCAUCCUGCUCAUCUCAUUGGCCUGUGGUCUGCUGACCUCCAUUGUGGUUUGGUUUAUUGUCUGCCCUCGCCUAAAGAAGAAGAUUGAACGAGAUAUCAAGUCCAGUCCCACUGAAAGCCCUCUGAUGGAAAAGAAGGAGCUUAAAGAAACCCACUGUCCAAUCCUGAAGCAGGCAUCUACCACACCAGCUGCCAAUUACAACUCUGCUGACCCUCUUCCUGCCCCUGAGGAGCGCAGGGUGGCCUUCGACAUCGGAGACUCUGAUGAAGCCGACAGUAAUAAGGAAUACAGGGUGGCAUUUGACAUCGGAGAUUCUGAUGACACAGACUGCAGCAAUUCAAAUGAUGCCCCCGCACAGGUUCAAUCAAACAGUCAGGUCCAUUUUAGUAACCAAGCCCAAAGCAAUGGUGCCUCCACAAAUGCUCAAAAUCAGGUUCAAUUCAAAAAUCAUGUUCAGUUCAACAACAGACCUCCACAGCCACCAAGUAACGGUUAUAGCACGUACCACACAGUCCACACAGACUCAGCCCUCUACAAAGACCUACUGCACAAGCUCCACCUGGCCAAAAUGAGCGACUGCAUGGGAGAGGGAGGCGACAGACCUAUCCGGCGCAACAACAGCUACACCGCCUACACCAUGACCAUCAUUGGCAUGCAUGACAAGCAUAAAGAAGGGGACUUCCGUGCUUGUGAGGAUGGCAACAAGGCUCCAGGAUCAGGCAGUCAGGAGAGAAAGCGACUGCGUAUGGAUAGCUACACCAGCUACUGCAAUGCUGUGGCAGAGCACACAACUCCUGAAGGUCUGGUAGAGGGUGAUGUGAGGCUAGAAAUGGAGAUCAAGGAUACAGGUAGCAGCCAGAGCUCCCUGGAUGAUGAAAGGCCUGAAAAAGACAAACCAGAAGUCUCAGUCUUGUUCCAGUUCCUUCAAAUUCUUACUGCCUGCUUUGGAUCCUUUGCCCAUGGAGGAAAUGAUGUUAGUAAUGCCAUUGGACCUUUGGUAGCUCUGUGGUUGGUUUACAAAACAAGCAGCGUGGUCUCAAAUGAACCUACACCCAUUUGGUUACUGCUGUAUGGUGGCGUGGGUAUCUGCGCUGGACUCUGGGUAUGGGGUCGCCGGGUGAUUCAGACAAUGGGGAAAGACCUCACCCCCAUCACCCCCUCAAGUGGUUUUAGCAUCGAACUGGCCUCAGCCUUGACUGUCGUGGUUGCUUCUAACAUUGGCCUGCCUGUCUCCACCACCCACUGCAAGGUGGGCUCUGUGGUGGCAGUAGGAUGGCUGCGCUCAAAGAAGGCAGUAGACUGGCGUCUGUUCAGGAACAUCUUCAUGGCGUGGUUUGUGACGGUUCCCAUCUCUGGUCUGAUCAGUGCUGCUAUCAUGGCUAUCUUCGUCCACGUCAUUCUGUGAGCAUUCAGCUGCACCCCAAGCAUGGGGAGGA